AUGCCCAAGGCAAGCAGUUCCCGUGCCGCCGCGGCCCGCCGGCAUAAUCCUCUAGCAGACGAUAUCUCGUCCGCGGGGCACUUGCGGACUCAGACCAGCAAGAAAGGCAAGCGCCAAACUCAAGAUGAGGAGAACGGAGAAAAUGGACAGCGCUUCAUCGAUGCGAAGAUGUCCCGAAAGAUUUUGCAAAUCGGACAGGAAUUGGCCGAUGAGGAUGCCGCGGAACAAAAACUCGCCGUGGGCGCCACAGAGCCGAAAUCCAAUGCCGCAUUCGAAUUCGAUACUCGGUUUGAGGAGGAAGCACUGUCAGACGAUGAGAAUUUCCAAAACGACGACUGGGUAGAUGAUGAUGUCGAGGAAGCGGAGGUUAACCCGAACGAUCUCGAAAUGUUCAACAACUUCAUGCCCGGCCACGAAGACGAUCCUAUUUUCAACCCUCGUGAGCCUGGUUCAUCGGGCCAAACAACAAAUCUUGCCGAUUUGAUCUUGGAGAAGAUUGCCGAACAUGAAGCCAAGAUGGCAGGAGAGAGCGUUGGUGGACCGCACAUCCAAGGUGGUGGAGUUCCUGAGGAUGCCGUUCAGAUCCCGGCCAAGGCUAUCGAGGUCUUUGAGAAGGUCGGUAUGAUCCUCUCUCGCUACAAAUCUGGCCCGCUUCCCAAGCCAUUCAAGAUUCUUCCUUCGGUGCCGAACUGGCAGACCCUACUUGAUAUCACCCAGCCCGAGAGGUGGACGGCCAAUGCUGUCUAUGCAGGCACCCGUAUCUUCAUCUCAUCCAAGCCCCACAUUGCCCAGGAGUUCAUCAACACUGUGCUGCUAGACCGUGUCCGUGAAGAAAUCCACGAGACCAAGAAACUUAAUGUUCACACCUACAAUGCGAUGCGCAAGGCUCUUUACAAGCCGGCAUGCUUCUUCAAGGGAUUGCUCUUCCCACUUGUUGCCAGUGGCACAUGCACCUUGCGUGAGGCCCACAUUGUCUCUUCAGUGAUUACCCGUGUGUCCAUCCCUGUGCUGCAUUCUGCCGCAGCUCUCCUUCGCAUGUGUGAUCUGGCUGCCGAACAAUCCCUCCGGUCUCUGGAAAGCACUGGCUCGGUGAACACCUUCAUCCGGGUCUUCUUGGAAAAGAAAUACGCUCUACCCUACAAGGUCAUUGAUGCCCUGGUCUUCCACUUCAUGCGUUUCCGUGCGGCCGAUGGCUCUGAGGAUGCUUUGAUGGAUGGCAGCUCCAAGGGUUACAAGCUUCCUGUCCUGUGGCAUCAGUCUCUGUUGGUGUUCGCCCAGCGGUACCGUAAUGAUAUCACUGAGGAUCAGCGUGAAGCUCUCUUGGAUCUCCUGUUGGUUCGUGGCCACAAAGAUAUUGGACCCGAGGUGCGACGAGAAUUGCUCGCUGGCCGUGGUCGUGGAGUGGUUGUUCCCGACGCCGAGAGGCAAAAUGCCAUUGAUGCCGGGGAUGACACGAUGGACAUGGGCAUGUAG